UCAAAUUUAUAUUAUUUAUUUUGGCAACCUGUCCAGAAGUUCAAAGAAUCGAGUUCUUCAAUUCAUCAUGUUAAUAAGCUUUAAGCCUAUUGAAGUCUGCUAUCAAUAUGCCACAUUAUCCAGACUAUUUAUCAUAUUGGUUCUAUGUCAAAUUGCAUAUUCUGCUAAAAGUUCCGUCUAUGAUGAAGCCCGAUUACCGAAAACUAUUGUGCCUUUUCACUACGACUUAAGAUUAAUUACUCACCUGGAGAACUCAUCUAACCACAGCUACGAUGGUUUCGUUAAUAUUUCUCUUCAUGUACAAACGACAACCGACCAUGUGGUACUCCAUGUGGCCGAUGUUUAUAUCAUUGUCAAAACCAUAAAAUUAUAUGGUGGGUCUUCCGACUAUCAACUGAUAUCUGUUAGAUUCAACAAAAAAUGGAACUAUAUGAUAGUGACUUUCAACGAGCCCCUACGGAUGGGCAAGCUCUACAUGUUAAGCAUUCAGUUCCGUAGGUCAAUGUCGGAAGACAAGAAAGAUGGGUAUUUUACAGGAAACUAUGUAAAUGCAAAGACAUUGGAGAACACCUGGUUCUCAAUAUCGCAUUUCAAACGAAACGUAAUAAGAAACACCAUACCCUGUUUUGAUGAGCCCGCCAUGAGGGCCACCUUCAACGUAACCAUGGGCCAUCACAAGCGAUUUCAGAGCUACAGCAACAUGAAUGUCCGAAUUGUGAUGCCGAACCAUGAGAUCAAGAACUACGUGUGGUCCGUGCAUGAGAUGACACCCAUGAUGGCCACCCAUUUGCUGGUCUUCUCCGUAAACAACUUUAACUGCCGUUACAGCCAGACGGCCAUGGCCAAUCCUGUACGUUUUCGCACCUGCUCCCAAUCGGAUGAUCUGCCUAAGACUUCAUUUGCAGCCCAAAUGGCUCCUCAGGUAUUGGAGUUCCUAGAUAAUCUGCUGCAGGUGCACCUGCCACUAGAGAAGAUUGAUCAGCUGGUUGUAAAUGAAUACCCAACCGAAGCCAUGGAGAAUCUUGGCCUUGUCGUCUACCGCAGCAAACAGAUUCUGCAGCGUGAAGAUGGACCAAUGACCAGGUCGAAACUGCAAACUCUUCAGCUCAUUGCUCACGAAAUGUCUCACAUAUGGUUUGGCAAUAUGUUGGGAAUGGGCUGGUGGUCAGAUAUAUGGUUGAAUGAAGGCCUAACAGGCUACUUUCAGACCCUUGCCGUGGAUCAUUUACAACCGAGGAAGGGUAGACAAUUGCUGUUGCGGUAUCGCGAAGAAUCGCUUAUGUACGAAUCCCAAGUGGGCGGCAUGACCUUGGUGCCUCCUUGGCCUCUUGUCAGCGCAGAGGCGGAAAUGCAUUUGUAUCAAAAGGCCACCUCUUUGAUAAGCAUGGUUGCCAGCUUUCUGGGAAAUGACACGUUCCAUGAUGGGCUUCAACGACACCUAUGGCAAAAUUCCUUUGCCAGCAGCACACCAGAUCUUUUCUGGAGAUCACUGCAGUUGGCUAUUGAAAGGGAGUCUGCCUCAAGGAAAAGCUUGGAUGUUCAGAGUAUUAUGGACACGUGGAUCCUGCAGAGCGGCUAUCCCCUGGUCACGGUCACCAGAAAUGGCAAUAAGGUAGCCUUAAAGCAGAGUCAAGCUCUUAACAGGAGCAGAACUGAUCGUUGGUGGAUUCCUUUGACUUACCUAGUCGAGGGCGAAACGUUUCCCAAACAUUUCAGGCCAAGGGCUUGGCUCAACCCUCAUAACGAUAGCUGGGAAUUGGGUGAGAUCGUGCCCCGUAAUCAGUGGAUCCUUUUCAAUCUGCAUGCCAUUGGCUACUACAGAGUCAACUAUGAUGAGCACACUUGGGAACUAUUGGCAACCACACUAUACGACGACUUUCGCAGCAUCCAUGUGCUAAAUCGCGCUCAGAUUGUCAGCGAUGUUAUUUUUCUGUGGAGGGAAAAUAUAAUUAACUGGAGCACCGCCUUUAAUGUGCUCAGGUACAUCAUUGAAGAGGAGGAGUAUGAACCUUUGAUGGCGUUUGUUGUGGGCAUUACUAAUAGUUUCUGCGGAAUCUCACCAGAGACUUCAUUCGCAAUUGCGAAAUGGCUCGGAAUUGCUGGCAGGUGGUAUGCGGAGUUCAUCAGUUACACUUUCGACAAAUUCGUGGUUCGAAAACCGAAUCUGAAUCUGAAUAGCCUCGACUACCCAAAGUCUAACCGGCAGACAAAGAGGGCCCAUUUGAGGACCGCAAGCUAAUGGGCCAAACCGGACCACACCCACUUGGCCAUCCGGGCACCCUACUCGGCUGAUGGCGAAAUGAAACCGCCAUCAAUGAACCGCAAUUGUAUUUGUUUGCAAAUAACUGAACGUUAUCUGAGACUAUUUAUCUUUAUCUGCAACAACAGCAGAAUCAACGCCGCACAAUGCCAAAGGAUCCAGGAAGGAGCAGCCACUGGGAACUGUGGCUCCACUUACAGCCAAGGCGCCAACUGAAAUAAUGAUGCAGGCGAAAUAACAAUAAAGGCGAUGCCGCGAAGAGGACUGGGCAGGAAUAAAGGACAGUAUCGAUGCUCCUUGCCGCAGCGGUAAAGACAAUUCCAGACCCCUAAUAAUGCAGCAAUUUCCAUGGCAAUGCAAUGGACUCCUACUCCUGCUUACCAAAUCACUUCAACGAGCGGAGGGUUAACGUCUUUAAGGUCAAUGCAAAGUUUUAGUAAGAAACUUAAUGGUAGAAAUAUGAAGUUGAGUAAAAGUAAGAUUGAAAAAAUACAU